AUGAUAUGCAGACCUGUAAUGAUGGUUUUAUAUCUUCUUUGGAUUGUUAUUUCCGGUCAAGAAAAAGAUUGGAUUCGCAAGGCAAAAGAAUCAGCGGAACAAGAUCGAAUGAAUAUGGAUCAUCAAAUGCCGAAUGAGUUUAUUCAAGGAAAUGCUGUAACUGCAAGAAUAUGUCCACCAUCAUUUAUACUUCGUUCAGCAUUUCUAUUACAAUUUUGGAUAUUUUAUUGGAAAUUAUCACGUGAACGUAUCAAGUUAUCACGAACAAUUCCAUUUACUCUCACAGACCCUGGUGAAGAGGUACCAUAUACUGCUAAAAUAAUUCCAGUUUUAACAGAAAAUAUUAAUUUGUUUAAAAAAAAUAAUAAUGAUAUAAAUAUAAAACCAAUCAAUUUACGUUCCUUAUUAAAAGAAGGACGAUAUUUAGUAAUUAAUUUUGAAGCACAUGCAUCAGAUGGAUGGAAAUUUGAUCAUCCACAAUUCAGUUUUAUUGCAAAUCAUCAAGAUAUAAAAGAUCGAUUAGAUGCAGUUAAAAUUCUGAUGGAUAUGGGAAACAUUACUAAAGAAAAUAAAAUUGAUGUUUAUUGUGAUACAAUGGAUGAUCAUACAAAUCAUUUAUUUUAUGGAUGGCCAGAAAGACUUUAUAUUUUAUAUGAUGAAAAGAUUUUCUAUCGUGGAGGAGAAGGACCACAUGAAUAUUCAGUUCCUUCAUUAGCUUAUUUUUUAAAACACAAUAUCUAA